UAACCCGCCUGCCUAUCUUUCAUCGGCACCCCUAUGACCAUAUUUACUGGAGGACUGUAAAAGGGCACCGGCCAUCUUCUUGACCGUGGUUCUGCCCCUAGAAACUUGUGCGUCUUCGCCCUUCGUCCGAAGCUUUUCUUCCGUUUGGUGAGUCUCAAAACGUUAUUUUCCUGCUUUGAAAUAUUGUACCCAAUUCAGACUGGAUACCGCUGUUCUGUUAAUAUGGGCUCUGGGCCCAAUAUAAGAUUAAUUAAUAUUCCAAUAAUUUGGAGAAUCAGACCAUAACGCAUGCGUGUACUAUGUAUACGAGCUUCAAGUGAUUUUUGACAUUCCGUCUGCUCUUGACCGCAGAAAGUGACAGCAUAAAUUGGAAGCCCUGCAUAAGACUAUAGAUUCAUCAUAAGGAAAAGCAUUUCGGAGAAUUGAAAGUGGAGAAAGUCGCUAAAAAUAUGGCAAUUCCCUUCUCAAGUCAAUGAGCGUGAAGUUGAUGGGAAAGAAACAACGCUAUUUUCUGUACGAAUGAGUUUGAAUUGGAUCGUUCAAGCAGGUGGGACAGGAGGAAGACCGAAACUAUUUAUUAACUUCGUUUAUCCUUCAACGUUUCAUAUUGCUCAUCACUGUUUUAACGCCUUCUUGAACACUAGUGCUUCCAGCAUCAACGAGGCCACGCAGUUCUAUUCUUCUCUGAUUGAACAAUACAUCGACACAAAAUUCUUAAAGGGUAUCAGAGGAGUUCAGACCCACAUUAUCAAAUCUGGUGUUUCAUACCUCUCUUUAGGCAAUAAGCUCAUUGAUGGCUACAUCAAGUGCAAGGGGCUUGCUGAAGCACGCAGGCUAUUCGAUGAAUUGCCUAGACGACAUAUAGUAAUUUGGAAUUUAAUGAUAUCUUCUCAUGUCAGCUAUGGUUGGAGUAAAGAAGCCCUUGAGUUAUUUAUGAAAAUGCUUGUCGAUGGAGUUUUGCCUGAUGAUUACACUUUUUCAAAUAUUUUUAAGGUAUUUCCAGAUUUAGGUCUUCUGCGCGAAGGCCAGAAGGCUCACGGGUUGUCAGUGGUAUUGGGUUUUGAAAUUUUUAAUGGAUUUGUUGCUAGUGCUCUUGUUGAUAUGUAUGCAAAGUUUGAUAACAUGAGGGAUGCCCAUUUGGUGUGUCGUCGUGUUUUGGAGAAGGAUGUUGUCUUGUUUACGGCAUUAAUUGUUGGUUAUGUGCAGCAUGACCACCAUAGGGAGGCUUUAGAAGCUUUUGAGGACAUGGUCAAACUGGGAAUUAAGGCUAAUGAGUAUACUCUUGCAAGCAUCUUGAUAAGUUGUGGUAGUCUGAGGAGUUUAAUUAAAGGUAAGUUGAUUCACAGCCUUGUCAUUAAGUCUGGUCUUGAAUCUGCGGUUGCUUCACAAACAUCACUUCUUACUAUGUAUUCAAGGUGUAGCAUGGUUGAUGAUGCCGUGAAGGUUUUCAAUCAGGUGGCUAGUGCUAACCAGGUGACUUGGACUUCUCUGAUAGUGGGUCUUGUGCAAAAUAGUAGAGAAGAGGUCGCUUUAUUGAUAUUCAGAGAAAUGAUUCGUUGUUCAAUAAAUCCAAAUUCAUUCACAUUGUCUAGCGUUCUUGGGGCUUGCUCAAACCUUGCAAUGCUUGAGAUCGGGAAACAGAUUCAUGCCCUAACCACGAAGAAGGGAUUCUAUGAUGAUAAGUAUGUCGGUGCUGCACUGAUCAAGAUGUAUGGAAAAUGUGGAAGUACGGACAUAGCAAGAUCUGUUUUUGAUGUAUUAACUGAGAAAGAUAUAGUGGCUAUUAAUUCAAUGAUCUACGCUUGUGCUCAAAAUGGUUUUGGACGUGAGGCACUUCAGCUAUACGAAAGGAUGAAAUAUUUGGGACUUGAGCCAAAUGGUGUAACGUUUUUAAGUAUCCUCUUGGCAUGCAACAAUGCAGGAUUAGUCGAAGAAGGUUGCCAAAUAUUUGCGUCCAUUGAGAAAAAUCACAAAAUUGAGUUAACCAGAGAUCACUACGCUGUUAUGAUUGAUUUGCUAGGACGAUGCAGGAGAUUUGAAGAGGCUGCAAUGUUAAUAGAGGAAGUGAGAAAUCCAGAUGUGGUCCUAUGGAGGACACUAUUAAGCGCAUGUAGGAAUCACGGAGAGGUGGAUAUGGCAGAGAGAGUUACGAGGAAAGUACUUGAGCUUGCUCCUGGGGACGAGGGCACUCAUAUUCUCUUGUCAAAUCUUUAUGCUUCAGCAGGAAAAUGGAACCAGGUUAUUCAGAUGAAAAGCACAAUAAGGGAUUUAAAAGUGAAGAAAAAUCCUGCAAUGAGUUGGGUCGACGUUGAUAGAGAAGUUCAUACUUUUAUGGCUGGAGAUUUGUCUCACCCAAGAGCUCAUGAAAUUUGUGAAACGUUGCUUGAAUUGAUCGAGAAGGUUAAAACGCUGGGUUACAAUCCUGAUACAAAAUUUGUGAUGCAGGAUAUAGAAGAAGAGAAAAAGAUAACUUCUUUAUAUUAUCAUAGUGAAAAACUGGCCAUAGCUUUUACUUUGUGGAAGACUAAUGGUAGGACUAGUAGCAUCAGGAUAUUUAAGAAUCUUAGAGUUUGUGGCGACUGUCACAAUUGGAUUAAAUUUGUUUCUUUACUAAGUGGGAGAGAGAUUAUUGCCAGAGAUGCUAAGAGAUUCCAUCAUUUUAAAGGGGGGAUUUGUUCCUGUGGAGAUUAUUGGUGAAUCCUAUUUGUUAUAUCUCUGUUUCCCUUUAGAUUCCCACUUUAUUCGUGUUAUUGAAGUUGAGUCCGGUAUUUAAUGGAUUGCAAAUUCCAUCUAGUUUUAUUAGAUGAGCAUGUAAUGAACUUUAUCUGAUUCCUUCACAUGUUCACAAGCGAAAAUUCGUGCAAAGUUUUAAGAGAUGAAUAUUUGUUAUAAGCAUCCCUUCUUGGUGGCCAAUUUUUUUAUGCUUAGUGUAUGCUAGCCUGUAAAGU